CGUUAUUACAAACAUUACAAAAUAAAAAAAAUAAAAUAAAAUAAAUAAAAAAAUUCCCUUCAUGGAGCUACAAACAACGGCCACCACCACUGCCACCACUUCAACCGUAACCGCCGCGGCAAAAUCCACCAUAAACCGCGUAGGAGGAACGCGCCACCCUGUCUACCGCGGCGUGAGGAAGCGUCGAUGGGGGAAAUGGGUUUCGGAGAUUCGAGAACCUCGCAAGAAGUCUCGCAUAUGGCUCGGUUCCUUCCCGUCGCCGGAGAUGGCGGCGAAAGCCUACGACGUCGCCGCUUACUUCCUGACAUCCAAGCCGCAGCUGCAAAAGCAGCACACAUGGCCGCCGCCGCCGCAGCAGCAGCCGUGACUGCCGAUGACGCCGGCGAUUCGCCGGAGAAGUGCGGCAUUUCGAAUUCUUCCUCCGACGGCGAUGAUUUCUGGGGAGAAAUUGAGCUGCCUGAGCUCAUGAACGAUGGAGAGUGCAGAUGGAGUUAUUCUCACGGCGGCGGUGGGUGGAACUCCGGCGGAUCCUCCGGCUCCGGCGACGUAACGGCUUGGCCGGAAGUUGAGUUACCGUAUAGUGGUUAGUGUAUGUGUGUGUUUUUAGAAAAAAUGAUAACUUUGUGGUUGGUAUAUUAAUUCCUCUUUAAUUUUUUUUAAUUAUUUUUAUGUGUGUAUUAUAAAAUAAUUAUUGGAAGAAAAACUAUAAUAAUAAUUUGUAGCAGUAACUGAAAAUUUUUUCUCCACUAAUUAUUGAUAUUUAGCAUA